AUGGUUUCGACGCGGAGUGGACGCGCGACACUCACGCCCGCGUCAGACAAUGUUCCUAUUGAGCCUCCCGCUACGGAGAAGGCUGGGUCGAAGGCCAAGCCUGCACCCAGAGCAAAACUCGCUUCCCCUCCUGCCAGCCCGCCACCCAAGCCGCGGGUAACAGCUGCAAAGCGGGAGCGAAAGAGCGUAGCGGCGCCUCCGGUGGAGCAGCUGGGCGGGCAGGAGCAGCAGCAGCAAAAGGCUGAAACCAGACGCAAGGUGCUGGGGGUGGCAGCGGCAGGUGCGGCGCUGCCUGUGUCGCCGCCCCUGCGGUCCUCGUCGCCAGAGGUGCCCAAGAAGCGGCUGCGGACCUCGACCGCACCUGUACCAGCGUCCGCCGGCGCCGCGCCGGCGCCAAAGCAAGCGGCACCCUCCAAGGGAGCCACAGCUGUGGCUGCGGAGCCCGCGCCGCGGACUGCUGUGGCAUCGCGCAACGCACCAACAGCACGGGGAGCCAGCAUCGCCUCUCCAGAGCGUGGGGCACGGAAGGUUGAGGUGGCAUCUCCUAGACCCACAAGGGGUGCGGCCUCCAGCAGGGCGGGCCCUGCGCUGGCCUCCCCUACUCACACGGCGGCGCCAUCGCAGCCUGCACAGCCCACAGCCCCAGCCGCGGCCGUGCCGACAGAGGUCACAGCCGCCGCGCCGCUGCGUGAUUUGCUGGUGGCGGCGGCAGCGGCGCCCGCGGAAGCGUCAGUGAGGCCUGCUUCAGCAACAAUCCCAGAGGCCAAGAAGCCCGCGGGGCGGCCGCUGGUAGGCUGCAGCGGCGCAGCGGCCACCGGUGGCAAGAACAGCAAGGGGGCUCUCAACAGCCGGCAGCCUACGCUGCUGCUGCUAGCACUGCUGCUGGGCCUGGCGAUUGGGGCUCGGGUCUAUGUUAAGAGCCACCCCGCCGUCCCUGGCGGCCUCGGCGCGCGCGUCACGCGCGCCUGGCACGCCGCCGCGGGCGCGGUGCAGGCCGCAGGCGCGCAUACGGCCACGUUGGCCGACGCCGCCGCCGCCGGCGCUGUCGCAGCGGCGCGCACCUCUGGCGCAGGCGCGGCCGCGGCGGCACGCGCCGCCGGGGGUCAGGCGGUCGGGGCAGCACGCGCCGUGGGCGCCGUGGGGCUGCAGGCGCUGAGCGACUUGCGGGAGUUCUACCACGAGCUGUUCCAGGCGGGGCACCGCACGCAGCAAGCGACCAGCGGCUCGGCUGUUGGCGGUGUGGCCGCGCACGGCGGCGGGGUUGCGGCGCAGCAGGCCGCCCGACCGGCGUCGACGGCUUCGUGGGAGGACGCGGGCGCGUGGGACACGGAGGACCUUGCUGCGCUGCUGCCGCCAGGGAGCGCCUGGAAGCGCGUGGCCGAAGACAUCUCGAAGCGCCUCCGCCGCAGCAGCGGCGCCAACGGCGCCCGCGAGCACGCAGCCGUGCUGCUGCUCGGAUGCGGCACCGCUGGCGACUGCGCCGCCGCGGCUGCGGCGCUUGGGGCGCUGCGCGGAGUGUCGCGCGGCUGUGCGCUGCAGCUCGAGGGCGUGGAGCUUGCUGCAACGGCAACAGCACCUGGCGGCGGCGGCGGGGAGGCCGCUGGCGCAGCCAUGCACGCAGCGAUCUCGCCGGUGGUGGGCAGGUGCCCCUCCGCGCUGGUCGUGCUGCGUGAUGCGCAGCUGCUGCCAAUUGACGCGCUCCCCGCGCUGCAUGCGGCCCUUGCUGACGGCGGCAACGCCGCCCUACGCGGCGCGUUUGUGCUGCUGUUGCAGCUUGGCAGCGCCGCGGACGCGCGCGCGGCGGCGCUGGGGGAUCCGGCCGAGGUGUCGGCGUGGCUGCAGGGCUUGUUGUUCGAGGAUACAUUGGCGCCAGAGCUGGCAAGCAUUGCUGACCAGCAGCGCGCCACCCAGGUGCUUGAGCCGAUGCUGCACGCGCUUCGGCAGCGCGUCGACCUGGCAGCGCUGCUGCGGCUGAGCGCGGCGGGAGAGGAGGAAGCGAGCGCGGAUGCAGAAGCGGAGGCGGUGGCGGCAGCCGCUUAA